AACGGAUAAACAAACGAAUAAACAACGAAUUAAUUAGCUGAGGCUCUAGGCUAAGGCUUAAAAGUAAUAGCGGUACCCCCCUGGAGACAUUUCAUUGAGCCAGCUAGCACUGAGCAAGACAUGAACUCUGUAUUUUUCCUUGCUCUGGUCCUAGGCGUUGCCUACGGGCAGCGCGACGCAGACGAUAAGUGUUCGUUUGCUUGUCUAGCGGUCUUGCGCCCGGUUUGCGGUACCGACGGCGAGACAUACUCCAACGAGUGCUACUUAAUGCUAGCCAACUGCGACAAGAAACCAGAGGAUCAGGUAAAGGUCGACUACAAGGGUGAGUGCAAGAACUGCCCGCGUGUCUGUACAUUUGAAUACAAUCCUGUAUGCGGCAGUGACGGGGUCACCUACAGCAACCUCUGCCAUCUGAAUGUCGCCAGCUGCCGCAAGCCAGACGACAACAUACACCUUAUCUCCCAAGGAAGCUGCACUAAUAAGAGCAGAUGAGUGCUAAUCAGCAGGUGGUGCUCACGUCCAACGAAGCUUGUCAAGUGACUUUUGGAUUCAAACAUUUAAAAUAUAAAAUAUCAAUGAAUCGUAAAAUUAAAAAAAUAAAAAUCUGGCAAUGUAAAA